CUGACGUCUCUUGGAAUAUAUAAACACUCCCCCCACGGUUCCCAGCCCAUGUGCUUGGUGGGGAGGUUUAGCUGCUUGUCUGCUGGUAACUUGAUGCAAGUCAUGUGCUAAGUACUGGUGUGUUCAGCUGAAAAAUCAGUCGCCCUUAUUCAAGCAGCUUCUCUGAGGAAGAUCAGUGCGUUUGUUCAGACCAAGAAGAGAGGAAAAGCCAUCAAGCCUUACAGCAAGAAUACUUGUACACUGUUUACCUGUACCCUAACAAAAAAGAGGAAUGGGCUGUAACAGAAACUGUGGGCUCCUCACUGGGGCCAUCGUCGGGGCUGUACUGGCUAUCUUCGGAGGAGUUCUAAUACCAGUUGGAGAUAAUCUUAUUGGCAAAGCAGUACAAAAGGAAGCUGUCAUUGUCAAUGGUACCGCUGCUUUUCAAAAUUGGCUUGUGCCAGGAAGCUCAGUUUACAGGGAAUUUUGGAUUUUCCACGUGUUAAAUCCUUCAGAGAUUAUAGAGGAGGGCGCUCAACCAAAACUUGAACAAAGAGGACCUUACACAUACAGGGUUAGAUAUUUACCCAAAGAAAAUGUCACGGAAGGUGAGAAUGGCACAAUAUCCUACAUGUUGCCUAAUAUUGCUAAUUUUGAACCUGAUAUGUCUGUUGGGACAGAAAACGACACCUUGACCAUCCUCAACCUCGCUGUUGUAGCUGUACCUUCCCUGUACCCAAGCACUCUAAUGCAAUCAUUCAUAAACUCCUGGGUUAAAUCAUCCAAUUCGCGCAUACUGCAGAACAGAACAGUCAAAGAAAUACUGUGGGGAUACACAGAUCCCUUCCUAGACAGCAUCCCCUUCCCUGGUGUGAAGUCAUUUGUGGGAGUGUUCUACCCGUACAAUGGCACAACCGAUGGACCUUACAAUGUGUACACCGGGACAGAAGAUAUUACAAAAACAGCAAUAAUUGAAAGCUAUAAAAAUGAAAGGACUCUUUCAUACUGGAAAGGCCACUGUGAUAUGGUUAAUGGCACAGAUGGAGCAUCCUUCCCACCAUUUGUUAAGAAGGAUCAGGUACUACGCUUCUUCUCCUCUGACAUUUGCAGAUCAAUCUAUGGAGUUUUCCACAGCCAGCAGGUUGUGAAGGGAAUCACACUGUAUCGUUUCGUAGUUCCUCGUGAAGCAUUUGCAUCACCAACUGAAGUCCCAGACAAUUACUGCUUCUGCACGGAUCUGGAAAUAUCAGAGAACUGCACCUUAGCCGGAGUCCUGGACAUCAGUGCCUGCAAAGCAAAAAGACCGGUAUAUAUCUCUCUUCCUCAUUUCCUUCAUGCAAGUGAAUCUAUAUUGCAUAACGUGGAAGGCCUGAGCCCAGAUGAAAAGGAGCAUGAGACAUAUCUAGACAUAGAGCCUGUGACUGGUUUUACACUACGAUUUGCAAAAAGGCUGCAAGUAAACCUCCUUGUGAGGCCUUCAACAAGAAUUGAUCCUUUAAAAAAAGUUAAAAAACCCUAUGUCUUCCCUAUUCUUUGGCUAAAUGAGUCUGCUGUUAUCGGGGAUGAGAAAGCAGAAAUGUUCAGAAGUAAGAUCUCCAGUCGGCUCCAGCUGCUGAGCACGCUGCAGAUGGCAUUAAUGAUCGGAGGCUCUGUGCUGUUCCUGGCCUUCAUGGGCUCCUAUUUCAUAUGCAGGUCAAAGAAAUUAAAAUAAGUGAAAAGACUUCAGAGGCAGUCACCGUUUCAUUGAAACUUCAGCUAAGCAGCUUGUUAAAAUUCAGAGACAAAAGGUAUGAUUCAAGGCACAGCCAAUCCAUGUGCUACGGAAUUCAUGUUUUUCCAUUUUGAGAAGACCAGCUUACUAACCCAAUAAGCUGAUGUUUUUGAAGGUCCACACUUCUGACAUCACUAAAGAGGCCACUGUGGAAACUACACUAUAAAAACUUUAUUUGAAACUUGUUAUAAAUUUUAAAUUGCAAUCAAGCAGACUGAAGUUGAGGUGCAGUUGGAUUUUAGUCCACCUUCUGCCAUUUAUGCAACUUGCUACUCAUUUUCUUCUGGAUUUGCAAGAAAAAUGAAAGCCGCUUGCUGAUGUUCCGUCUCUGAGCACAGGCUGGGAAUGACAACAAUUUGGAGCUCAUGCUGUGCUCUAGCUGCUCUCAUUGCAAUAUUUCUCUCUGUUCCUUCAAGGAAUGGAAGCUGCUGCAAUAGUACUGCUCUCUGUCCUCUAUUCAGGGAUGUGAAUUGCAUUGAAUGUGAAGUUUAUUAUGUAAAGUUACUAACUGUAAUACCUGAAGUUUAUAAAAGACUUACUAAAAUAUGUGGUUCAUACAUUUUAUGUGGAGAAGGCUCACAGAUACACCGCAGCCAUCCAUAUGCUGAUGGAGCUAAUUGGCAUUUGGCUCCACAUCUGUUUAUUAAUCUGAACCACUCCCUAACUCCCAACCUGCUCCACUGCUCUUCCUGUUGUCUCCCGUGAGUUUUUAUCUCUGGCUCUUGUUUGAGCACCAGCCUCUGCACUGCCCUAAGCCCACUUGGCCUGAGGCCUCCCUUGGGGAAUGAUCUGAUAUGUCACCUGACAGGCCAAGAGAAAAUAUUCCAAAAUGCUUCAGAGACAGGAAAGACCAAGAAAAUGAUUUUUGAUCAAACAUCAGAGGGUUCCACUUGCUAUAGAAGCACAUAAAUGAAAACAGGUAGCCCCAAUUACUUACUGAUAAACCAUCUGCCACAAGGAAAUUUGUGCAACCAUUUGUUUAAUGAGGUGCAUCAGCUUGUAGACAGGUAGCAAACACUGAUAUCUCCAUAAAUAGUUGACUUUUUCAUUUGAUCUGAAUGCUGUAUUUUAUUCUGAGAGCAAAUGGGGCAAAUACAGAGUGUUGCUGGGUUUCUUUCCGUGGAUUCAAUAAAUUCAGAACAAGAGCCUAUGUUCAGCAUUUUCUAAGAUUCCUUUUUGGAUCUUUUAUCCCUUAUUUAAGAGCUGCAAAGAAAAAGGGAAAUCAAACAUGGCCAGCCUCUCACAUCCUGCUGUUUGGAAACAAUGCUACAAUGGACUUUAAACCAGAAAGGUUCAUCUUGCUAAUAAAGUACAAUGUCUUUGGCUGGGUACCUUUAGUAAGGUGUUCUUACCUUUGGAAAUAAAGGGAAAAUCCAACUGACUACAAUCCUGGUGUUUUAUUCCAUUGUUCCUCGUGGACAAAGUUUUGUAGCUAUCAGUAGAGCUGAUGAGUCACAGAAAUCCCAAUUCAUUACUCUUGAAGGUGAGGUCUGUGAGGUACAUGGCUGCACUUUCCCUCCAGCUGUGAGCUGGAGCUGCCAGCUACCAGAGCAGCUACUGGGACACAGGAGGGAAGGGCUGCUCUCAGCCCCUGUAUUUGAUUACUCAUGGUGCUGGCUAGUCAAUGAAAAACACCUUUUUCUCAUAUUCACAGUAUUGCUGGUGUCAUAUGUGAUGCUCUGUUCCCAUGUUAGUCUGGGGACAAUUUGACACAACUGAAGCCAUCCCUAGAGUCCUAUGGACUGGUCAAAAAAGUAUGAGGACAGCUGAAGUCAUUAAGCCACAUCUCCUCUGAGAUAAACACCGCUGUGGUUCAAGAUCUGACACCAAUUUUUUAUAAUAAAAUGUCUUUUGUGUCAGGAUCUAACAUGAAAGGAACAACAGACGUGCUCCUUUAGUUUUUGAUAUGCUAACAUUUCAACUUCAUUUUAUUUGACUUCAAGUACAUUGUCAGUAAGUUAGUGUUUGCUUUACUAGUAUUUACUAGUAUAAAAUAUUAGUGGUAUUAUUUAGUGCUAUGUGGUGCUCCAGCAGAAGUGAUCCAGCAAGUUGGGCCAUGAUUUUAAAUGUCUCAGGGCCAAAUUUUAUAUGGUUUGUCCAUAUUCAUAAUCUCAUUGAUCUCAAUGCAGGUUUGGGCUUUUAAGCUAUGUCCAGCACCUAGGCUGCACUUGAAUUGUAAUUUGUAGUUACUUCAUCCAAAGCAUCAGUUACAGUUAUUGUUAAUUCAUGAUAUUAAGGCUAAUGUUAAGUAUUUACAUUUGUUCAAACAGUGCAGGGUAAACUUUCAUUAGAAACAUUAAUAAAAAUACAAAUAAAAUAAAGCUUAAAUAUUUUUUCUGAUAUUCUUAUGUUUAAUUGUAAAUAAAGCCUUCUGUGUUGAA